AUGGCACAGUCUCAUAUGCACGAUUUCCUCAAAGGUCUCCCUAAAUGCGAACACCAUGUUCAUCUCGAGGGCUGUCUCACCCCCGAGCUGAUCUUCAGCCUGGCGAAGAAGAAUAAUGUCAAACUGCCCUCACCCCAAGACAACCCGGCGUACGAGUCCGUCCAGACGCUGGAAGAGCGAUACAAGCACUUCUCCUCGCUGGACGACUUCCUCGCCUUCUACUUCCAGGGCAUGGACGUCCUGCUGAACGAGUCUGACUUUGCCGAUCUCGCCUGGGCGUAUUUCCAGAAGGCGCACGCAGACGGCGUGCAUCAUGCAGAGGUCUUCUUCGACCCUCAAGUCCACCAGAACAGAGGCAUUCCCUACGACACCAUCGUGGCUGGUUUCGUCGCGGGAUGCAAACGCGCCGAGCGAGAACUCGGCCUGUCGACCCGGCUCAUCCUGUGCUUCGUGCGCCAUCUCCCCGUCGACUCAGCCAGGAAGGUCUACGAGGAAGCGCUGGCUAAGAACCACUUCGAGACAGACACGAUCCACGGUCUGGGAUGGUCGUCGACGGAAGUCGGUCCGCCCAAGGAUAUGUUCCGUGAGCUCUACGAUUCGGCGCGGUCCAAACAGAUCCGUCUUACGGCGCAUGCGGGCGAGGAAGGUGAUCCGUCGUACAUCAGCACGGCGCUGGAAUUGGGCGCCACCCGGAUCGACCAUGGUAUUCGACUAAUCGAGGAUCCCGUGCUGCUGGAGCAGAUCGCGAAGCAGGGGACCAUGCUGACCGUUUGUCCGUUGUCGAAUGUCCGUCUGCGCUGUGUUCCGUCCGUCGAUAAGGUUCCCAUUCGGAAGUUCCUAGAUGCGGGCGUCAAGUUCUCUAUCAACAGCGACGAUCCGGCCUAUUUCGGUGGUUAUAUCCUGGACAACUACCUUGCUGUUCAUGAUGCGUUCCAGCUUGCCGUGGCUGAGUGGGGGCUGAUUGCGAAGAAUAGCGUUAUGGGCAGUUGGAUCGAUGAGGCGAGGAAGGAGGAGUUGCUGAGGAAGAUUGACGAGCACGUUUUGAAGUAUGAGGCUCUUCUUGCAUGA